AUGAAAUUGGUUGAUAUUUUAUUCGUACUGACUGCGGCAGCAACCGCCAAUGCAAUACUUCCUCCAGCUGAUAAAGAUGGUUCACCCAAAGCAUCAAGAACUUUGAGUCAAGUGUUUGGUCCAACCAAUGAACCUGAUCCAAAGAUUCUCGAAGAAGACUGGCAAAGCCUAAUGGAUGAAAUUAAUUCAAGCAUUCUCGACGAAAACUGGCAAAACAUAUUUGAUCCGAUUGAUCCAAGCACCUCUGAUCAAGAACAGCAACAAUCAAUUGAUGUAGCCGGUCCAAGUAUUCCCAAACGAGGUCGAAAACGGCUAAUAGAUGUAGUUGAUACAAUCACUUCUUAUCAAGACUGGAAACAACCAAUUGAUCAACCCAGUUCAAGCACUUCCAGUCAAGUAUCUGGUCCAACUGAUAAACCCGAUUCAAAUACCCCAAAAAACUGGAAAGAAUUAUUUGAUAAAAUUAAUUUAAAUAUUCCCAAAGACUGGCGACACCCAAUGGAUGUAACCAAUCCAAGCACUUCCAAAAGAGGUCGAAAAAAAUUGAUGAAUCAACCUAGUUCAAGUACUCACAGCCAAGUAUCUGGCCCAAUUGAUGUAACCAAUCCAAGCACUUCCAAACGAGGUCGAAAAAAAUUGAUGAAUCAACCUAGUUCAAGUACUCCCAGCCAAGUAUCUGGUCCAAUUGAUGUAACCAAUCCAAGCACUUUCAAACGAGGUCGGAAAAAAUUGAUGAAUCAACCUAGUUCAAGUACUUCCAAACGAGGUCGGAAACGUCCAGUUGACAAAGUCAAACCUGUUACAAAUCAAAUGAUUGUAUUAAACAAAAAAGAUCAGAAAACCUUUGAUAGCCUAAAGAAAAGAAUGGAAGAUUUCGAAAAAAUACUAAAAGAAAAACGUCGAGCUUACUUUGAAUAUGCAACCUUUAAAUCAGGACAAAGAUUAGCGUUAACAAUAGGAAAAGAGAGAUUUGAAUCAAAGUACAGCCUAGAGGUUCAAAAGCAACUCAAAAAAGAGUAUCAAAAUGCACAUAAACGAUUAGAAUAUACCAGGAAAAAACUAAAAAGAUUUAUGGAAGAGCAUGAUUUGGAUUGA